GAUUUAUGUAGCUAUCCGUCAUAGAUGCCAAACUUACCUGCCUACCUGCCCAAAUACAGGGAUAGUACACGUAUUUGACCUUCCCCACCUACCCUCGUGAAAGCUCGGGCCAACUUUCACCACUUCCCACAUGAACCCUGUUACACGUGUAUCUACGUAGCUGGCGUCCCUCCUUUAAACCUCCAUCUCCAUUCUCAUGAUCUACAAUAAUACAAGUUCAGCGAGCAUCUUGUUAUAUUGAUUUUGUUGAUUGUUUACUCCUUUCAACCAGUAUCGUCAUUAUCUCUCUCUCGUCAUCGUCGUCUUACUCCCAAUUCCUAGCUCAGUGUAUCUCCCUUCCACUCCCAUUCUCAUCUAUAGCCUCGUUCUCAUUCCCAUACCCAACUCUCCCUUUCAAAGAUAUCUGUAUACGAAAACACAUCAGUUAUGCAGCAGGUUCUGCCCUUUGUCCAAGUCAGAGACCUCCCCUCGGCAGCCUCCUUCUACUCCUCCAUAACUCAGCCUCUGAAGCUUCGCUACAUCUCCGCCAAUGCGUCAUCCGUGGUCUACGGCGACACUACCACCGGCGUCCCGAAACCGGUGCUGGAAGUAAGGAGGGCCGGUUCCGGCCAAUCGCUGCGGCCAUCACGUGUUGUCCUCUCUGCCCAAUCACCGCAGAUCCUAGCUGCUUUCCGCGCGGCCGCCAUACGCGCAGACCCAGACUUGCCCAUCGAAACCGAUGGCAGGAGCCGCGUGGAACUCACCGACUAUGACGGCAAUAGGAUCGAGGUUGUGUGCUCAGGGGGCGACGAGUACCCCCGCUCAUACGGACGCUCAGCUACAAGCUCCAUCGCCCCGCGCGAGCCGCGGGCCCCCGGGAUACGGCGCAGCGCGACCAUCUCGGCGAUGGAAACGCCGUCGCGGGAGAGUCCUAGAAGCGGGGGCGGCAUGGGCGCCGGUCUCGGCACCCUUCUCGGAGCCGCGGCCGCGGGUGUUGCCGUGGGCGGCGCAUUGACUUACGCCAUGUUGAGGAACGACCGCCAGCAGGUCCCGUACCAAGACUACGAGUCGCAGAGCUACGCCCCGAGUUCGUACCCGCGACGAGGGUCCCUUCAAGACCCGCCUUCGCAUCAGCCUAGAUAUAUCGAGGACUCGCCGUCUAAGAAGUAUCCCCCGGUUAGCUACGGGCGGUAUGCACAGCUUGAAGCGCCACCGCCGAGAAGCAGGGCGCCGGAUGAUGAUGGGCGGACGAGCCAUUAUGGCGCGGGUAGUAGGGGACGUCGUAGCAGUGAGGCGGGCUCGGUUAGACGGCCGUUGAUGAUUGCUGAUGGAGAGUAUAUGAGCACGACGGGCUCGCGGAAUGGGCUUGGACAGCGGUUGCUUAUGGACCAUGAGUACCGCAGCCAAGUAGACGGUGAUGACCGCCGCAGCUAUGCGCCGUCGAAGGCGCCUUCGAAGUACACGGCGUCGCCUUCCAAAGCGCCGUCUAAGUAUCGGGAAGCCGAGUCCACAUACCGCAGCCGUGAUAGCUCGAAGGCGAGGGCGCCGCGACCAGUGGAGGCUGAGACAUACGUGUCGGCGCGAACGGCACGAUCAGCUAGCACAGUGCGUCCUCCGGCACAGGCUCCCAUGUACGGAAGGGCGGGGCGCAGCCGCGCGAACAGCUACGUCUCGGCGCGGGAGAGCAGGGCUAGCUGGGAGGACUGGGACGAUGACGAAGAGGAAGACGACAACGUGAGCCUUGCGCCUAGCGAUAGCAUCAGCUGCAUCGACGACGACGAGCGCAGCAGGCGAAAUCACCGUCGCGGCUCGCAGGCCGGGGCGCCGUCGGCGGUUGGAAGGUAUCGCAAGGUUGUCAACGAGUUCGACGGGAAGAGGAAGCCGAAGUACGGCUCCGAGUAUAAUUACCAAUAACUUCCCCAUUCAUCACACGGUUUGCGGUAAGGGUCAACACACGAAGGGUGAAACGAAAAAAAGUAUGAUAUGGAUGGAUGGAUGGAUUUCGGAACAACAUAAUGACAGCAUGAAACGAAAGGAUGUAAGGGAUACACACAUACACGCAAAUAUCUUACGAAUCCUCUUUUUUACCAGGUACGGAAGGACAGGAUAGGACUAUCUACGCACGCAUAAAAAUGGCAUUUAUAUAUAUAUCAUAUAUCUGGAGGAACAUUGCAUACAUACAUACAUCAUCAUUUGGGCAUCAGGGAAUUUGGGGCUUUCUGAUUAUUAUUUUUUCUUGGUAGGAGGAGAAUGAGCAAGCGAGCAAGCAAACGAAGCGGAACGAUGUGAAAUGAUAGAAGGUAACAGUGGGAGGUCAUUUGAAUGGAUUCUUUUUGGGGUGGUUGCAUGGACGGGUCGCCCGUUAUAUACCUUUGUUUUUUUCUCACCUUUGGAGGCUUGGAGGUUUCGUUUCUUUGCUUGAGGGCUUGCUUAUCAUUGAUGUCAGUACGAGUUAUGAAAGUGUAACGGCUUUUUUUUAUUCUCAAUGGGAACAAUUCAACUAUUA